AUGUCGAACAACUUCAUACAUUUGGAUUCCUUAUCAUCCCAGAACUGCGACUUCCAGAGACGAGUUUUGCUGGUAGACGACACAAAAAUCAAUCGAAUAAUUUUGCGGAAGGUUCUUGAAAGUCUUAAUCUUCAUUGCGAAGAAGCAGAAAAUGGAAAGAUAGCAGUGGAUUUCAUCAAACAAGGAAGGACAUAUGAUCUUGUAUUGAUGGACAAGGAAAUGCCCAUAAUAGAUGGACAUGAGGCAACAAGACAACUAAGAACAAUGGGAGUUAAGACGCCCAUUGUUGCACUGAGUGCAAAUAGUCUACAAUCCGAUAAGGACCUUUUCUUUGAAGCUGGUGCAGACGACUUUCAAACUAAGCCUCUUUCUAGGGACAAACUUGUCCAGUUGCUAAUUUGGUAUGGGCUUCAAAGUUCAUUUACUGAAAAAUAA